AAGUCUUGCACCCCCACACACACACAUAUAUAUAUAGAUACAUCUAUGCGUAUGUAUGUAUAUAUAUAAAGUUGUGUAUAUAUGGACCCCAUUUUUCAAAUCUCCAGAAAUUCGAGGAAACAAUUGCCCGCCUGUCAAGUCUCGGAGCAGAUGAGAUGUAAUGUGGUGUUGCUGCUGCUGCUGCACUGUCUCUCCUUCACUUCUGCUUCGUAACGAUUGGCGUUUGGUGUCUGUAGAAUGGCGAGGUUUGGAGACGAAGUGCCGGCCAGGUAUGGCGGGGGACCCGGCCAAGGCGGUCCAGGACGCGGCGGCAGCAGGCAGGGCGGCCCGCCCGGAGCCCAAAGGAUGUACAAGCAGUCGAUGGCCCAGCGAGCCAGGACUAUGGCCCUUUACAACCCUAUCCCUGUCCGCCAGAACUGCUUCACCGUCAACCGGUCGCUCUUCCUCUUCAGCGAAGACAACGUGGUGAGAAAAUACGCAAAAAAAAUCACCGAAUGGCCUCCUUUUGAAUACAUGAUUUUAGCCACUAUCAUUGCAAACUGUAUAGUAUUAGCCUUGGAGCAGCAUCUGCCUGAUGGAGACAAGACGCCGAUGUCGGAGCGGUUGGAUGACACUGAACCAUACUUUAUUGGGAUCUUUUGCUUUGAGGCUGGAAUUAAAAUUAUUGCUUUGGGAUUUGCUUUUCACAAGGGAUCCUAUUUACGAAAUGGCUGGAAUGUGAUGGACUUUGUUGUCGUUCUUACUGGAAUCCUGGCGACAGUAGGAUCCGAAUUUGACCUUCGAACUCUGCGAGCUGUACGUGUUCUGCGGCCCCUGAAACUAGUAUCAGGAAUCCCAAGUUUACAAGUGGUCCUUAAGUCUAUCAUGAAGGCCAUGAUACCUCUGCUACAGAUCGGACUGCUCUUGUUUUUUGCUAUUCUUAUGUUUGCCAUCAUUGGACUAGAAUUCUACAUGGGCAAAUUCCACACCACCUGCUUUGACAUUAUCACAAGGGAGAUCCGAGAAGAUAAGCCCUGUGGGAAUGAAUCACCGUCUCGCUUGUGUCCCAAUGGUACAGAAUGCCGGGGCUACUGGACUGGGCCAAACUACGGCAUCACACAGUUUGACAACAUCCUCUUUGCUGUGCUCACAGUCUUCCAAUGCAUCACCAUGGAGGGCUGGACAGAGCUUCUUUAUUAUAGCAAUGACGCCUCAGGGAGUGCCUGGAACUGGUUGUAUUUCAUCCCUCUCAUCAUUAUUGGUUCCUUCUUCAUGCUGAACCUUGUUCUCGGUGUAUUGUCUGGGGAAUUUGCCAAAGAGAGGGAGAGAGUGGAGAACAGGAGUGAAUUUCUUAAAUUGCGGCGACAGCAGCAGAUUGAAAGAGAGCUCAAUGGCUACCUGGAAUGGAUCUGCAAAGCGGAAGAGGUAAUCCUGGCAGAGGACGAGAGUGACCUGGACGAUAGGCUGCCUUUUGAUGGCUCUAGACGAAGAGCAACUAUUAAAAAGAGCAAGACUGACCUCUUAAAUCCAGAAGAGGGAGAGGAUCACUUAGGAGACAUUGCCUCUGUGGGCUCACCCUUUGCACGUGCAAGUAUUAAAAGUGCCAAAUUGGAGGGCGCUUCCUCAUUUUAUAAGAAAGAGCGCAGGUUACGUUUCUUCAUCCGCCACGUGGUCAAAACUCAGGCCUUCUACUGGACUGUGCUGAGUCUGGUAGCCCUCAACACUCUUUGUGUAGCCAUCGUUCACUACAACCAGUCUGAGCGGCUGUCAGACUUCCUCUAUUAUGCAGAAUUUAUUUUCUUAGGACUCUUUAUGUCCGAAAUGUUUAUAAAAAUGUAUGGACUUGGGACCAGGCCUUAUUUUCACUCCUCAUUUAACUGCUUUGACUGUGCAGUUAUUAUAGGCAGUAUUUUUGAAGUUAUCUGGGCAGUAGUGAAGCCCGGGACAUCUUUUGGAAUCAGUGUUUUACGUGCUCUCAGGUUAUUGAGGAUAUUCAAAGUUACAAAAUACUGGGCAUCUCUGCGUAACCUAGUAGUGUCCCUGCUAAACUCCAUGAAGUCCAUCAUCAGCUUGUUAUUCCUGCUCUUCCUUUUCAUCGUUGUCUUUGCUCUGCUGGGCAUGCAGCUUUUUGGGGGCCAGUUUAAUUUCGACAGUGGUACACCCCCCACUAACUUUGACACCUUUCCUGCAGCAAUAAUGACAGUGUUCCAGAUCCUAACAGGAGAGGACUGGAAUGCAGUGAUGUAUGACGGCAUUGAGUCUCAGGGUGGCGUCAAUAAAGGCAUGGUGUUCUCCAUCUACUUCAUUGUCCUUACACUCUUUGGGAACUACACCCUCCUCAAUGUGUUCUUGGCCAUCGCUGUUGACAAUCUUGCCAAUGCACAAGAACUGACAAAGGAUGAACAAGAAGAGGAAGAAGCUGCCAGUCAAAAAAUUGCACUUCAGAAAGCAAAAGAAGUAGCAGAAGUCAGCCCACUAUCUGCAGCUAAUCUUUCAAUUGCAGCGAAAGAACAGCAGAAAAACCACAAAGGGCCGAGGUCCGUGUGGGAGCAGCGAACAAGUGAGAUCCGCCGACAAAACCUCAUGGCCAGUCGAGAAGCUCUGUACAGUGAACUUGACCCUGAAGACCGCUGGAAGAUGACUUACUCACGGCAUAUACGGCCUGAUAUGAAAACACAUUUGGACCGUCCCCUAGUGGUUGACCCGCAAGAAAAUAGAAAUAACAAUACCAAUAAAACUCGGCCAAAUGAUCCAACAGGAGACCAGCGUCUCAGUCAGCAACGUGCUGAGGAAUUUCUGAGGAAACAGACACGCUACCAUGAGAGGCCACAGGGAGGAGGAAUUGGAAAUCGUGGACCAGAACGUUCUUUUGAACGUGCAGACUCCACUGAGACAAGAAGAGUCCAGCACAGUGGCAGUAAGGAAUCUGACUCUAACCAACUUCGGAAUGAUCCCUUAGACAUGCAUCAUGGUCAGAACUCCGAGUGCCAUGAUUUGGGCAUGAGAGAAGUGGGGGGAACUGGGGAAAGGAACAGAGAACCUCAUCGUCGGCAUCAACAUAGGCAACCACUUCGUAACAAGGACAGCCAUAGCGCAUCACCCCGUGGAGAGGGGAUGAAUGAACAAAGGAGACCCAGGACUCAUCGGCGACCUGGGGAGGAGGAAGAGGGGACAGGCGGAGGGGGGCAGAGGCACAGGAGUAGGAGAAAGGAGGGAAGCAGUAGUCGUCAAGACAGUGCAGACUGUGAACAGUCUGAUGCUGUGGAGAGGAAGAGGCGACAUCGUCAUGCAGCCCAGUCAACCUAUGAGUCUGACAGUAAGAGAGAUGGAGAUAAAGAGCGCAGACAUCGGCGAAGGAAAGAGGGUCAAGGUAAUGGACCUUCAUCGGGGCCAACUCUCUCUACCACAAGGCCUAUACAGCAGGUCUUGACUCGUCAGGAUAGCCAACAGACUGAGGACAUAGAUAACAUGAAGAACAACAAACUGGCAACGCAACCUCCUAAUAUUCGUAAUCAUAGCAACCCCCAUCCAAAUAACACUGUCCCACAAAGCCCUGCAAAUCAAGCUAAUCACACCAGUACCCCUUCUGCAAAUAACCCUGUAGGACUGCCUAAUUCUCUCAACGCCUUGAAUCGCAAAACUCCUAACCACUCUAGUGGGAACCCCGGAAAUCCAAAAACACCGGAGAACAGCUUAAUCUUGACCAAUCCUACCUCUAACCCCAGCAACCCUGCCAAGAACUACAGCAAAAAGCCUGAUCACACUGCUGUUGACAUCCCUCCUGCAUUUCCUAAAGAAAAUGCCACUUUGCAAGUGAACAAAAAUGCCAACACUGAGCCACUGCCAAAGAAAGAAGAGGAGAAAAAAGAGGAGGUGGAAGUGGAGGAGGAAAAGAAAGGUGAUGGACCAAAGCCUAUGCCACCCUUUAGCUCAAUGUUCAUCCUUUCAACUACCAACCCUUUCCGCAGGGUGUGUCACUACAUAAUUAACCUGCGCUACUUUGAAAUGUGCAUCCUGCUGGUUAUUGCGAUGAGUAGCAUUGCACUGGCUGCUGAGGAUCCUGUUCAGCCUGAUUCACCACGCAACAAUAUUCUAAGAUACUUUGAUUAUGUUUUUACUGGUGUUUUCACAUUUGAAAUGGUCAUUAAGAUGGUUGAUCUCGGAUUAGUUCUGCAUCAGGGAGCCUAUUUCAGAGACCUGUGGAACAUUCUUGAUUUCAUUGUGGUCAGUGGUGCCUUGGUUGCCUUUGCUUUUUCGGGCAGCAGUAAAGGAAAGGACAUCAACACAAUUAAGUCUCUACGAGUGCUCAGGGUUUUACGACCUCUCAAAACCAUCAAGCGUCUACCCAAACUGAAGGCGGUGUUUGACUGUGUAGUGAACUCCCUGAAGAAUGUGCUCAACAUCCUUAUUGUCUACAUGCUCUUCAUGUUCAUCUUUGCUGUGGUGGCUGUGCAGCUUUUCAAAGGGCGCUUUUUCUACUGCUCUGAUGAGUCAAAAGAAUUAGAACGAGAUUGCAGAGGAGAAUAUCUAGUGUAUGAGAGGGACGAUGAAGUCAAAGCACAGAAGCGUGAAUGGAAAAAAUACGACUUUCAUUAUGACAACGUUCUUUGGGCUUUGCUGACCCUCUUUACGGUAUCCACGGGAGAGGGAUGGCCACAAGUCCUGAAACAUUCCGUUGAUGCCACCUAUGAGAAUCAGGGUCCAAGUCCGGGUUAUCGCAUGGAGAUGUCCAUUUUUUACGUAGUCUAUUUCGUUGUAUUUCCAUUCUUCUUUGUCAACAUAUUUGUGGCCUUGAUCAUUAUCACUUUUCAAGAGCAGGGUGACAAGAUGAUGGAGGAUUACAGCCUUGAGAAGAAUGAGAGAGCCUGUAUUGAUUUUGCAAUCAGUGCCAAGCCCUUGACACGGCACAUGCCUCAGAAUAAGCAGAGCUUUCAGUAUCGCAUGUGGCAGUUUGUGGUCUCACCACCUUUCGAAUACACCAUCAUGGCGAUGAUUGCACUCAACACCAUCGUCCUCAUGAUGAAGUUCUAUGGCUCUUCAGAAGACUAUGACAAAGUGCUCAAGAACCUCAAUAUUGUGUUCACUGCACUGUUCUCAUUGGAAUGUGUCCUUAAAAUAAUCGCCUUUGGAGUUUUGAACUAUUUUCGUGAUGCAUGGAAUAUUUUUGAUUUUGUCACAGUCCUGGGAAGCAUAACUGAUAUCUUAGUUACAGACCUAGGGAAUAACUUUAUCAACUUGAGUUUUCUGAGACUCUUCCGAGCGGCUCGACUCAUUAAGUUGUUGCGCCAGGGUUACACCAUCAGGAUCUUAUUGUGGACCUUUGUUCAGUCUUUCAAGGCCCUUCCCUAUGUGUGUCUGCUAAUUGCCAUGUUGUUCUUCAUUUAUGCAAUCAUUGGCAUGCAGGUGUUUGGUAAUAUUGCCAUUGACACUGAAGAAUCUGCAAUCAACCACCACAACAACUUCAGGACUUUCUUCCAGGCCUUAAUGCUACUUUUCAGGAGUGCAACUGGAGAGGCAUGGCAUGAUAUAAUGCUCUCUUGUCUCGGUGGAAAGAGCUGCGACCCAAGAUCAGGAAUUAAAGAGGAUGAAUGUGGAAAUGAGUUUGCCUACUUCUACUUUGUUUCAUUUAUCUUUCUCUGCUCAUUCCUGAUGCUGAAUUUGUUUGUGGCUGUCAUAAUGGACAACUUUGAGUACUUGACUAGAGACUCCUCCAUCUUGGGACCUCAUCAUUUAGAUGAAUAUGUGAGGAUCUGGGCUGAGUAUGACCCAGCUGCCUGCGGGCGAAUUCAUUAUAAGGAUAUGUACAGUUUAUUGCGUGUAAUCUCACCCCCUCUGGGCUUAGGAAAGAAAUGUCCUCAUAGGGUGGCCUGCAAGAGACUGCUACGAAUGGAUUUGCCAGUUGCUGAUGACAACACGGUCCAUUUCAACUCAACACUAAUGGCCUUAAUCAGGACAGCACUUGACAUUAAGAUAGCCAAGGGUGGAGCAGACAAACACCAAAUGGAUUCUGAACUGAGGAAAGAAAUGAUGGCAAUCUGGCCAAACCUGUCCCAGAAAACGCUGGACCUGCUUGUUACUCCUCAUAAAUCCACCGAUCUGACAGUGGGAAAAAUCUAUGCUGCCAUGAUGAUCAUGGAAUAUUACCGGCAGAGCAAAGCGAAAAAGCUCCAGGCUCUUCGAGAGGAGCAGAAUCGAACGCCAUUAAUGUUUCAGCGCAUGGAGCCCCCUUCCCCAACACAGGAUGGUGGGCAGGGAACGAUUGGCCUACCUGAUAUUCAGCAGGACCCCGGAGGGAAUAUCUUACAGGACAGAGAGAUGACAGGAAGCCAGUCCUGGGUGACUGCCAGAGCACAGGAAAUGUUCCAGGAAGCAGGAAGCUGGAGCUCUGAAAGAGGACACCCAGACGAUAUGCAGGACACUCGGCACAACCCACAGUCGGUAGAGAUGAGAGAGAUGGGGCGGGAUGGUUACUCCGACAGUGAGCACUAUCUUCCUAUGGAAGGGCACGGGAGAGCUGCUUCCAUGCCUCGGCUUCCUGCAGACAACCAAAGGAGGAAAGGGCGGCCCCGUGGGAAUAACCUCAGUACCAUCACAGACACAAGCCCAAUGAAGCGCUCAGCUUCCAGCCUCGGUCAUGGCCGGUCCAAAGGUAUGAGGCUUGACGAUUACUCCCUCGAGCGGGUAAUCCCAGAGGAGAACCAGCGACACCACCGCCGUCGAGAAAGAGGACAUCGCACCUCUGAGAGGUCACUUAGCAGAUAUACUGAUGCAGACACAGGAUUAGGCACCGACCUCAGCACAACAACGCAGUCGGGAGACUUACCUCCAAAGGAAAAGGACCGGGAGCGUGGCCGGCCAAAAGACAGGAAGCACCAUCACCACCAUCAUCAUCACCACAGUUCAGUGGAUAAGGACCGUUACCCUCCUGAGCGUCAUGAUUAUGGUGGACAGCGAAUAAGGGAUCGACGGUGGUCACGCUCUCCCAGUGAAGGCCGUGACUGCAUGCCUCACAGACAGGGCAGUAGUUCGGUGAGUGGGAGCCCUGUCCCUUCAACAUCUGGCACCAGCACCCCUCGCCGCGGCCGCAGACAGCUCCCACAGACCCCUUCCACUCCCCGUCCCCAUGUCACUUAUUCCCCAGUUGUCCGUAAGGCCAUGAGCACAUCGUGUACACCCCAUCCGCAAUCUGGCAGGGUUCCAACACCUGUUCCUCGACGAUUAUCCCCUCCGGCGCCCGAGCAUCACCAUCACCACCACCAUCGAGGAGGGCCUCACACAGAAAGACACAGCUCUGCUCCAUGGAAUCCAGAGCGCAGCGAUUCCCCACGAGCACAGAGGCAUACCAGUGGCAGCCGGUGGUCUACCGCCAGUUCCCAUAUGUCGCAGCAGGACCACGAGCAGGACAGAUGCUACUAUCAAUGCUCGGGAUCAGAAGAUGAGGAUGACCAUCGCACCUUUAAAGAGGCCAUGAUAUCAGCCCCUAACAACAGUUCCAACAUGGGGCGCUCACCCAGGACUUCCCAUCGGGCACCCCCCUCGCCAUCGAGGCAUGUUACUACUAGGCGGGUGCCCAAUGGGUAUUACACCUCUUCCUCCCCCCACCAUCAAGGGACACAGAAGCAACUGCAAAGAGGAGGCACCAGAAAGGGCCUGCAUGAACCCUACAGUGAAACUGAUGAGGAUGACUGGUGCUAGCCUCGAGUUCUUUUUUGGUUUUUUUUUUCUCCUUUUCUUUUAAGGAAAGCCACAGCACUCUCUCUCUCUCU